GCAAUGGGCGAGACCUGGAGGGCGGAGGGACGGCGGGGGCGGGCCGAGAGGCGGUGUCGCGCCCGGGCGCAGGUGAAACCGACUCGGACCUCUCCCGGGAACUCGCGCGGCGGGGACUCGCGUCGCCCAGUAGCUGUCUGGGAGCCGCCCUCUCCCUCCCAGAUCGCCGCUGGGACCCCUGGCCUUCCGGGCGCGCUCGGGGCGCCGCCUGGAGCGCAGGUGACCCUCGCCGGACCCGGGGGGAGGGACACCGGGCAGCGAUGGCCCGGGAGCUGAGCCAGGAGGCGCUGCUGGACUUCCUGUGCCAGGCCGGGGGCCGGGUGACCAACGCCGCGCUGCUCAGCCACUUCAAGAGCUUCCUGCGCGACCCUGCCGCGCCCCCAGACCUGCGCGAGCGCCGCCGCGAGCUCUUCAAAGGCUUCGUCAACUCGGUGGCCGCCGUGCGCCAGGACCCCGACGGCACCAAGUGCGUGGUGCUGCGGCGCAGGUACCGGGACCUUGUGGGGGAGGGGCCCGGGCAGGUGGCGCCCCCUGGACCUCGGUGGCGGGGAGCACGGCCGGAUUCCGCGCCUGCCCGGGACCAGCCGGGGACACCGAGUCCCGAGACUCAGCAUCUGCAGCGCCACCACCCCACGCCUUCUGUCCAGGACAGGCCACACCUGGGGACCCCGAGCCCCGACCUUCCUCAUCAGCAGCGCCACCAUCCCGCUCCCCCUACCCUGCACAGGCCAGAGCCGGUGACCUCGGGGACCCCGCACCCCGAGACCUCACGCCCCGAGACCUCGCAUCUACAGCGCCACCACUCUGCUCCCCCUGCUCGGGACAGGCCGGAGCCAGUGACCCCGGGGACCCCGAGCCCCGAGACUCCACACUUGCAGUGCGACCGCCCUGCGCCCCCUACCCGGGACAGGCCGGAGCCGGUGACCUCAGGGACCCCGUACUCUGAGACCCCGCAUCCGCAGUGCCACCACCCUUCGCUCCCGGCCCUGGACAGGCGAGAGCCAGAGACCCCGAGUACCCCGCACCCCCAGACCGUGCACUCGCAGCUGCGGCGCACGGAAGAGUGGGUGGCCAGGCACCAGCAGAUGCCUGAGCCCCAGGACCAGGGACUUGUGCGUGCCUGGUCAGUGCUGCCACAUGACUUCCUUCAGCUGCGCUCAGAACCCGGCUUCUGCGUCAGGGAGACCGCACCGUCCGAGCUCCCUCUGUCCUCUCGUGGUCUCUUUCUCGAGGUCCCAGACUAUUCCUCGGAAUCCUGGCUGAGGAAACCUCCAACGACUGUCUUUCGGAGCAUUCGCUGUCAGCUGUCCCUACAGGAUAUGGAUGACUUUGUGGACCAAGAGAGUCACGGCAGUGAGGAGAGCAGCAGUGGGCCCAAAGAGUCCCCUGGGGGCUCCGAAGAGGGGCUGCAAGGUGCCCCGGGAGUUCCAGACUUGGGAGAGCCCAGGAAUCCAGCGAGGGGCCUCUCCGUAUCCCCAAAGGAAGGCAUUGCCAGCCUUGGACCUCAGGACCUCAGAGGGGCCAGCCAGCCCUCCAAGCAAGCCCCAACAGGGGUCAAAGAGCCUUUGCCCUGGCCAGCUCCUCCCAAAGCUCGGAGGUCCCUCAGGAGGAGUCCUCGGGCAGGGAAGUCCACUCUGUCCUCCUCUGAUGAGGAGUGCCUUGAUGAAGACUUGCUGAAAAGGACUCGUUGCCCACCUCGACUCAGGAAACCUUCUAAGGCAGGAGCAGUGCCCAGCCCAACGGUGGCUGCCGCUUUGACGCCAAAACUGGCUGGCAUUAAGGCUGCUGUGGCUGAGACAGGUUGGCCACACAGCUGGUGGGUCCCUAGUGGAGAGGGGGCUGCAGCCUUGGUACCUCACAGAGCUUUUGAGCACAAGUCAUCCCUGGUCCCCUUAGAAGCCAGGGAACAUGAUUGGAUUGUGAAGCUUGCUAGCGGCUCCUGGAUUCAAGUGUUGGCUUUGUUCUGGGAGGACCCCCAGCUGGCUCUGCACAGGGACUUCCUGACUGGGUACACCGCUUUGCACUGGAUAGCCAAGCAUGGCAGCCUCCGUGCCCUCCAGGACUUGGUCUCGGGGGCCGGGAAGGCUGGGAUUGUGCUUGAUGUAAACGUGAGAUCCAGUUGUGGGUAUACCCCGCUGCACCUUGCUGCCAUACACGGCCAUCAGGGAAUUAUCAAAUUGCUGGUGCAAAGGUUGGCUUCUCGGGUGAAUGUCCGGGACAGCAGUGGGAAGAAACCGUGGCAGUAUCUGGCCAGUGAUACCUCUGGGGAAAUAUGGCAGCUACUGGGAGCUCCUCGGGCCAAGCCCAUUUUCCCUGUACAUUCUUUAGUCCAAAACUCUUCCCCUACUAGGAAAACCAAGACUCGGGAGAUAUCUAGACAUGUUACCCGAAAGACGUCCUUGGCUGCACUACUCAAGAGUCAGCACAACAAAUGGAAAUUGGCCAACCAUCAUGAGAAAUUCCCCAGCCUGAGGGAGAGAGAAGAAUACAGUGAGUAGGUGGCCCCUCUCUCCAUGUGUUGCCAUCACUCCCUCAUCUUUGAGUUAUGCAGUGAGAGAACUGAAGGGGAUAGAAAAAGAUUGGAGGAGCUGGUAAGGAGGGAGGUCAGCUCAGUGGACCAAGACGUCAUCUCAGCUUUUGAAGGCACAUGUGCUUGAAACCUGAACAAAGGGACAGAGCCAGGCCCUCGAAACCCAGGAGCUGUUCUUCCUUCUCCUUUGCCAGGGUGGACUGGGCACAGUAAGCCACACUGCUUUCUGCAGCCACAAUCCCAGGCCUUGGCAGGAGAAGGAACAGAUGUCUAACAAAAAGAGACACAAUUCGAGGAAGUGACAAAGCUCAGGCAAAAUUCUCCCUGGCUAGCUCUCUGGCUUUUCUUCAUUUGGAGAUUAAAUCUUGGCUGAGAGUGGAAAGCACCAGGUUUGAAAUCAGUCGGCUUUCUCUCUUUCUUAUGUGCUUUUUGGCAUUCAAAUCAGUGAAAAAAGAUUAUUACUUGAGAGUAGAAUUUGAUUGAGGAGAUUCCACGGCCCUGUGCUGGAGUCCUCUUCUAACCCCACCUGUGGGGGCUGAUGUGGGACCUGACUGGUGCCUCUUCUGGGUGUUGUCUCCGCUGACCAGAGAAGCAGGUGAGUGAGACCCAGCUGUGACCUUCACUUCCCUCCUGAGAAAUGACUGGCUUUUGGGCCCUACUCUUUUCUAUCAACCCAAAAGGAACUUUCUGAAUAUAAAAAUCAUGUGGCUCAUUUGAUUAGUUUCUGAAACUGUCUUUCAGGGAAACUUCCUGUGUAACAGUCAGAAUCAUCAUUAGUAGUUUUCAGUAGGUUUGAAUGGCCAAGUGUUGGUACUCACAAAAGGGAGAAAUGAUUUCUCUCUGGGGAAGCAGUAAGAAUAAGGUUAGGAUGAGAAUGGCUCCCCAUCACAACUUUUCUAAGCUGCUAAAUGUAAUGUUUUUUGCACUAAACUUGUUGCCAAUUAAGAUUAAAUAUUAGCCUUGAAGUACUGUAUAUCUAACAGGAAGUGUUCCUUUUAAUCGCUUGUGACGGGACAGAUCAUCGUGGGCCACAGGGGUGAAGGAAUGGCUAGUCUGGCCUGUAAACAGCAGCAGAAUGUCGAGAUUGCUGAAUGUCAAUCCAAAGAGUGUUGAAAAAUUCAAUGUUCAGAUGGAAAUUGUUAAGUUUUUAUGGUAAUGUUUUCAUGUAUGGUGGCAAUGUUGCUGUAUUUUUAAAGUAUGCUUGUGUUUAUUCUGGUUAUAUUCCAUUAAAAGAUGAACACAUCUUUAUAAUUUAUUAUACUGUACUUUUGCUGAUUACUGGUAAUGCUGUUAAUGUACUUUAUUGAAAUUUUGUCUCAAUGAGUAUCAAAUAUUUUUGUUUCUUUGUAUUUAUAC